AUGGCAGACCAACAGCAUCCCAUCCCACGGAAACUAUGGGAACACCCAAAGCCCAAGAGCACCACCAUGUGGAAGUUCUGGAAGAGCUUGGACAAGGCUUACGGAGUGACUUUGGAGGACUGGGACGCACUCUACCAAUUCUCUGUCACACGGCGGUCCGACUUCUGGAGAUACGUGGUUGAGUAUUUUCCGAUUGUGUACAACGGCAAGAUCCCCAACCCAGUUGUCGACGAAUCUGCACGCAUGGACUCCGUACCACGCUGGUUCGGCGGCCUCACGAUGAAUUUCGCCGAGAACAUUUUGUUUUCUGGCGACCAGCACGGGAAUCCGGUUAUCAAUGCGGCGAAAGCGGAUGAUAAGAUCGCUGCCAUUGAGGUCCGUGAGGGCUGUUUUCUCGAGCCCAUCCACCGUGUGACGUGGAGAGAGUUGAGGCAACGCGUUGGAAGAUUGUCGCAGGCUAUGCGGGCUCAUGGGGUCAAGAAGGGCGAUCGCAUCGCGCUCGUGGCGAGCACGAGUCUUGAUACACUGGUUGUGUUUUUGGCGACCACGACUCUCGGCGCGCUGUUCAGCUCCAGCAGCACUGACAUGGGCGUCAAAGGGAUUCUCGAUCGACUGACCCAGAUUAAACCCAGGUUCCUGUUCAUGGAUGACUGGGCCUUGUAUAAUGGCAAAAAGGUCGACCUCCGGCCGAAGAUGAAGCAAGUCAUGCAGGGCAUGAGCGCCGUCAAAGAAUUCGAGGGCAUUGUCAGUCAAGUCCGCUUUGCACAUUCGCCCGCCGAUGUCUCGUCUGUACCCAGGGCGAAAACCUGGGCGACGUUUAUCUCUGCAGCUAAGUCCACCGUGCUGGAGUUCGAGCAGUGUGAUUUCUCCGAUCCUUUCCUCGUCGUCUAUUCGUCCGGCACGACUGGUCAGCCCAAGUGCAUCGUCCAUGCUAUCGGCGGCGUGGUCAUUUCUGGCCACAAGGAAUUCAGGCUUCACCGUGAUGUUGGCCCGAACUCUUGCAUGCUCCAGUACACGACUACCGGGUGGAUCAUGUAUAUGGCCAGUGUGCAGGCUUUGCUUGUGGGUUCUGCUAUUGUCAUCUAUGACGGUAGUCCAUUCACACCCAAUCUCACGAAUUUCAUUGAACUUAUCGGUCAGGAGAAGGUCACCCACCUAGGCAUUAGCCCACGGUACCUACAGACUCUGGAAGGAAAUGGUGUUAUUCCAAAGAAGGUCACCGACCUAAGUAAUUUGGAAGUCAUCACGAGUACAGGCAUGGUACUCUCCGAUAAACUGUUCGAAUGGGUCUAUGACGAAGCAUUUCCCUCGAGCAUACAGCUGGACAAUAUCUCAGGAGGUACGGAUUUGGCCGCGUGCUUUGGCACAGGAAACCCUAUCCUGCCAUUAUAUGUGGGCGGAUGUCAGAGUUUCUCCCUCGGUGUGCCUGUCGCAGUCUACGACCAGACCAUCGAAGGCGGAAAGGGCGUCAAGGGCCAAGAGCUACCAAUUGGUGAGGCUGGUGAACUAGUCGCGUAUCAGGCUUUCCCAACCAUGCCUGUCACUUUCCUCGGGGAUAAUGGACCCCAGAGGUACUUCGACAGUUAUUUCGCUCGCUUUGACAAUGUCUGGACGCACGGCGACUUUAUCUCGGUACACCCAGUCACCAAGCAGGUUAUGUUCCUCGGUCGUGCUGACGGCGUCUUGAACCCCAGCGGCGUACGAUUCGGCUCGGCGGAGAUUUACAGCAUCAUCGAGGCGAAAUUCGCUGAUAAGAUCAGUGACAGUAUCUGUGUGGGGCAGAGGCGGCCCCAGGAUCAGGAUGAAAGGGUUGUUUUGUUCUUGUUGAUGAAGCCUGGCCAUAAAUUCACUAGCCAGCUCAUCAGAGAGGUCAAGGACGCCAUCAGGAAAGAAACCAGCCCCAGACAUGUGCCCAAGUUUGUAUUUGAGACCAAGGAGAUUCCAACUACCGUUAAUUUGAAGAAAGUCGAAUUGCCCGUGAAACAGAUAUUGUCAGGGAAGACCAUCAAACCUUCGGGUACACUGUUGAAUCCUCAAAGUCUGGAUUACUAUUAUCAGUUUGCCAAGGAUGAGAAUCUGGUGGAUUUGGCAGACCCUAAGGCGAAGUUGUAA